CCCUAGUCUUCCACCUCCCACCGCGCCGCCGGACAUGUCCGUCCCGGACCGACGUGUCCACCGUCUCCAGCCACCUCACUCCGACGAAUCACGUCACGACACAUCAGCAUCGCCGCCCGCCCGAGCCAACCGCGGGGCGCCACGUCACAGCCGCCAGCACCCCACUUCGCCGCCGCCGCCCGGGGCCCAGAUCCGGCCCUCCCGGGGCCGAAUCGAGCCGCACCGGGCCCGCGCUCCGCCGCCCGACCUCACGAGCGCCUCCACCGCGCUGCCCCUCGAACCCUGCUGCCUCGCCACCAUCGGCGAGCACCGCGCCGGAGCGCCGUCGUCCCGGAAGCACGCCGCCGCCCCGAUCCGCUCCCGACGCUGUUUGGAGCUCCUCCGAGGACAGAUCCGGCACCCUCUCCUCUGGAUCCGUCCGUUCCCGCCGAUCCCUACCGUGCCCGCAUCGCCGGAGACCCUCCCCCGCCGUCGUUGACCGCCACGGCCUCCUGCCUCCUGCAGUCGAAGGAAGGAGACGACGAGGGGAGCGUCGCCCCUGGGCCCGACCGCGUCCAAGCCCAUCUCCACCGGCCCAGCCUCGUCCUGCCUCUUCCCUCCUCAUGGGCUGAAGCCCAUGGGUGAGCCGCCCCUCCAGCGCCCCUCCUUGUGUUCUUUUUUCUCCGGUUGGGCCAGCAGAUUUUGGCCCGUUGUUGUUUUUUUCACUGACUGUAAUUUUAGCUUUUUCCAGAGACACCAGUUUUUACAGAAAAA